UGUCGUGGCCCUUUGUCCUUGGGCUCGGCCGAGAAAACAAGACUCCGAAGAUGUGUUCUACUGUAACAGCAACCAUACCAGCUUCCCACCAUUACCAUAUACUAAACCUCCAUCUUCGAAUCUUCGCAAUCACCACAGUUAAGCGAGCCAUGGUAACCACCGCCACUGGUAGCAGCUCUAGUACUGCAGGCGCGUACACGACAAUUAAAGAGCGAGUGAGUUUCGAAAGAGAGAUCAAGAAGAGCAAAUUCAUAGCCAUCGCUGGCCCUAUUUCCGAUGAACGCUCUGCUCACUCCUUCCUCUCCGAGGUACGGGACCCGCGUGCUACUCACAAUUGUUGGGCUUACAAGAUUCUGAAUGCAAUCCCAACGUAUAUAAACAACUCCCUUGCACAAGACUCCACGGUGGGCAGGGUCGGGAACAAAGAUAAUGUUGGAGAGCAAUACAGAUGUAAUGAUGAUGGUGAACCGUCUGGUACUGCUGGCAAACCUAUUCAAACUGCAAUUGAUUCUUCUGGGAUAGAUAGAGUAAUGGUCGUUGUAAUCAGGUACUUUGGAGGGAUAAAACUAGGUACUGGAGGACUGGUCAGAGCUUAUGGAGGUGUUGCUGCGGAGUGCUUGCGAAAUUCCCCAACAUGUCUUGUAAAAUCCAAGGUGCCAAUGGGAGUGGAAGUUUCUUUUAACCUUUUGGGUUCUCUAUACCAUCAGCUACAAUCUUUCCAAGCUGAGGAUAUCAGGCAGGAUUAUGAAACAGGCAAAGAUGGCAUUACCAUGGUUUCUUUCAAAGUUGAUUUCGACCAGGCUGAGAAAUUGGAAGAUGCUAUCAAAGCCAAUUGUAGUCGCGAACUUGUGUUUUAUAGGCACUGACGCAGAUUUGGUCUAUCACAGCUAAUGCGGGUAUCAGAUUUUGGACACUUAUGAUUCACAUGUGAGGGUAGAAGUUUUAAAUUUUUUAACUUACCAAAAAAAGUAGAAGUUUUAAAUUUAUGUACCUCCCUUUUCCCUGCCUCGGAGCAGAUUAUUUAUUACAAAUGCUUGUAAGUGCACAAUCUAUGGCUUGUUUUACAAAAUCGUUCUGUACAGAGUUGUUGUGGUUUAGACUGAAAGGCAAUAGUUGACUGAAUAAUAAAGUAUACGAUUCUUGGCUGAUCAA